UAUUGCAGAGAAGAAUCUACUUCAAGACAUCAAGCCAAUAAUGAGGAACUGCAUGAAAGUACACUAUGCUGAUUUUAGAAACAACAGUCUGCAAGUCAUCGAGACAGAUACUUUCAAAAGAUGCACUAACCUGUUGGAUCUAGUCUUGGAUGAAAACAAAAUAUCGCAAGUACAACCUGGAGGGUUUGCGGGACUACGAAGUAUAAACAAUUUAAACGUGUCUAUAUGUGACUUGAAGGUGUUACGGCCACAUACGUUUGGGGGCAUGCUUCGGCUGAACAGGUUACAUAUGGUUCAAUGUUACUUGGAGGAAAUUCCGUCUGGUCUGUUUCUAGAUCCGACAACAGACGGUGUCCCUGACAAAGGCAUCACACCCUUCCGGCUGUUUUUUUCUCAAAAUAAACUACGACGGGUCUCUCCGGGUGCGUUGAAGGGAGUGAAAGAAGUUUACGACCUAGCAUUGGAUAGAAACGAGCUCACCUUUAUCCCAAUAUUUGAACAUUCGAUAAGUAUCGGAAAGUAUGGACUAGCCAGGAACAAACUCAGUUCUGAAGGCCUUCCAGAGGAUGCGUUUUGCAACAUAACAGCAAUGCAUUAUCUGGAUUUGUCGUCCAAUCGACUGACUUGUAUUCCAACUGGACUUUUCCGGUCGCAGACUGGGCUCCGAUAUAUCUACUUACAUCGGAACAAAAUCAGUGUCCUGCAUGCUAAGGUGUUUGCGGGACUUUAUCAGCUUAAAGAACUGUUUAUAUUUGACAACCCAAUCACUGAACUAGUGGACUGGCUGUUUUAUGAUACCGCCUUGAUAAAUCUGUACAUUUUUCAGACCAAACUUUCGUCGAUAGGGGAGCGGCCAUUUGCGACCGUGAACCACACUCUCCGACGUGUAUCAAUCUACGACAGUCACUUGAAGACCGUUUCCAAUUCUGUCUGGCAAGAUCUGGGGAACUCAUGUUAUGUAGCAAUCGACAACACUUUGAAGUUUGCGCCAUUCACAAAUAGAUCUGACCUCGAAAUCGAAUUAGUUGGUGAUGGAUUCGCCCAGCCACUACUGGUGACGCCUGACCAGGAAACGAUAUUUAGCGUCUCGGGAUUAACGUGUGUCCAAUCUGAUGCUGGGUAUUUGUGUACGCCCUGCCAACAGGGCACUUUCGGGGUCUCUUGGGGUGACAAAAGUUGUAUUGCAUGCCCUCCAGGGGGCUUUUUCCAAAUCAAGACGGGGCAAGUGGCUGACCCCUCUGAAGGUAUCAACUGUCAGAGAUGCAACAAUGGCACCUACGUAACGCCCGAGGCGCACCCUGGUAUCAGUCCUGCAAAUUGCACGGUGUGUCCUACAGGUACCAAUAAAAACCUUCACGCUGGCUUCCGCGCCUGUCCCUGUCUGGAUGGUUUCUACCGUACCGACCGGUUCGGUGAAUGCCAUCCGUGUCCAACCGAAGGAGUCAACUGCUCAGAAGAGUACCAACACCUCCUGUCUGGCUUCUGGUGGACCUGGGACUGGGGUUUAUCGGAUGACAACUACCUAUCCUACGAGCGAUUCGUCCAAAAUGUGCGCACUGAAGAUUCCAGAUAUGACAACACAAGCAAGAGGUUUGGGGGUGUGUUACCCAAGGUGCAAAAAUGUCCUCGCAGUGAGUCAUGCGUGAAUGCUGUGCUGGGUGGUAUCAAGGCAGAAUGCGAGGAAGGCUACACGGGUUGGCUUUGCUCCCAAUGCAGUCUUUACUAUUACCCUUGGUUUGAUCACUGCUUCGAGUGUCCCGAAUGGUGGUGGUUCCUGCUUGAAGUCAUUGCUGUAUGCGUGGUCAUUGCUCUGAUUGUCAUCAUCAUAGCUUGGCAGGCACGUAAGGUCCAAAGAAGCGGUCGGUCUGCCGUCAGCAUGCUGCUUGCUCGAGGGAAGAUCCUACUGGGUUUCUACCAGGUCAUGGGGGAGAUAUUCUCAGCGCUGGAUGACAUUGCCUGGCCGAAUAUAUUAACAAGCGUUGGAUCCAUCUUUAGACUGUUGGAGGUGAACAUCAUGCGACUGUUUAUCAGUCCCAGGUGCUAUUUCCCCAACUUCACUUAUCCUAAUAUUUACAUUGAGUUCCUGGUAGGCAUUGUAUUUGUGGUGUUCGUUCUGCUCGCCGCCUGGUGUUUUUACAGCUCCAAGAUGUGUUACUUGAAAGCAAAGAAAACUCCUUGUGCGGAGCGAAAAGCUCUUCUGUCGCAGACCAAGCAGAGGUGUUACAUGUUUGUGGUGAUACUGCUCUUUAUUUCCUACCCCAGCCUGUCUAGUGUUAUCCUCACAUUAUUACCCUCUGGGUGUCACCUCUUCUACGUUGACGAAAAAGACACCCUCAAUGUGACCAGACUUCGAGCCGAUUAUUCGAUCGAUUGCCAAACGCAGCAGCAUGUUCAUUUCAACUACGCAGCUGAGGCCUCCCUCUUCUACGUUGUUGGGUUUCCCUUGGUGUUGUUUCUCCUCUUGUGGUGGAAUGUCAGAAAACGGAAGAAGACCGGGGCUGUCGGUGGUAGACGGGAAAGUGAGGAUCAGCCUUUGCUGGAUGAUGCUAGUCAAUGUCGUUUGGAUGCCGGUUAUGUCGCCAGUUGCAGAAACGAGGUGGCUUGUGAGACAGAUGAUGAACUUCUCCUACACUCGGACCCGCCAGUCCAGGCUGUAUUCAAUUGGGAGAGUUUCCUGUGCGAGAAUUACAAGCCAAGGUUCUGGUACUGGGAGAUUCUGGAGCUGGCCCGAAAGAUUGUCCAGACGCUGUUUGUGCUGCUGUACGGGCCUGACGAUCAUUUUACCAUGUUCGCCACCAUAGUCAUAUCGGUGGUCUUUCUGCUCCUGCACGCUUACGUGAAACCCAUGAAGGAUGCUGUAGAGCAUCGUCUGCAGAUGUGCUCGCUUGGUACCAUCUUCCUGAACCUGUUGGCUGCGUCGCUGCUUCUGUUGCCGAGCGAGGAUGCUCAAUCAAGCCAAAACAGAAAGGAGGUCCUCUCUGUUGUUCUUGUCCUAAUGAACCUCAGCGUCAUCGUUUUUGUCAUUGCUAGCUUGGUCUGGACCGGAGUAAAGGCUCUAUGGCGUCAUGGAUGCUUGCGUAGCUUAGGAUCGUGCAUCGCUGGGGCGUGGGGCUGGUGCAGUCGACCCCUUCAUCGUGGCUUAGAGCUGACUAACCAUCGUGGCUUAGAGCUCGACUAAUCAACAGCAGUUGAUAGUAAUUCCUCAAGAAAAGUUUCGUAGUUUGAUGUUAUCGAUUAAAAAGAAAUGAUGUAGUCUUUAUACCCCGAUGCCACAGAGAGUAUGUUUAUAGCUUGGCUUUGUAAAGGUCAUUUAUUUGUGUACAUUUGUUUCUGAUUUGCUUUCUUUUUUCUGAAAUUAAUGUUUUGCAUGUAAAUUCAUUAUCAAGUUUUAAAUUCACCAAGUAAGAUUAGAACGACAGAUUAAGCUUGAAUGGAUAACUGUGCCUGGUACAGCACCGGCACCCCGUCAUCAGCGAAUUAUCACAUUAUCACUUUGCAAAAUCGUGUUUUACAAUGUGGCGUCGGCAAAAACAAAAACACUCCAUGGAAAAAAAUGGACGCCGUAUACCAACCUACAAACAUGCAAGCCUCUAUGCAUUGUCUGCAAAACAAAGAAAUAAAUGAGGCCUUACUUUUAAUACUGAGGCCUUAUUAAAUGACAGUGGUCAUUCUAAAAUAUUAAUAUCGUAACGCUUCUUGCUUGCGAUAAGAUUACACGUCUAUGAGUUCAGCCAAUCAAAGGCUAAGUUUGUCACUUGCAGUAAAAUUGACCAAUCACGAGCCACUGACGUGGCAUGAGGUCCAAUUCUACCAAAUUCUGUCCAGGUACUGUCAAAUUCCAUCCCUG